AUGUGGAGUUAUAUCAGUGGAGUAGCAGGUUUGAUUGUCGGAAGUCCUCUGGAUGUUCUCAAGGUUCGGUUACAAGCUCAAGCCGGUUCGGACAUAGCCAGAAAUGCUUCUACAAACAAGAACAAUUUGGUUAGCAUGGUUCAAAAUGAAGGAUUCGGAUCAUUGUUCAAGGGUAUCACCUCACCCAUCAUUGGCUUGGCGGGACUCAAUUCGAUCCUCUUUGCAUCAUACUCGGCAUCCAUGCGAUUGUUCGAGACACUUUCACCCUCUCCUGUGUCACCGUUCUAUGCCAGUAAUGGUGCAGAAUCAUACCAGUCUUUGUCACAUGUUUUUGCAGCAGGAUUUGUAGCGGGCGUUGCUUGUUUCCUAGUCAGUACACCCACAGAGCUGGUCAAAUGUAGAGCGCAGGUGAUCGCCUCACGUCUGGAUCCUACUUCCUCAGCUGCAGCACAACGUGCCAUCAUGAGUGAAUCGAGCUCGUGGCAAGUAACGAAGGAUGUUCUUCGGCGGUUUGGACUCCGAGGAUUCUAUCAAGGAGGUCUCGUCACCAUCCUUAGAGACGCUCCUGGAUACGGAGUAUACUUUUGGUCUUAUGAAGGGCUGAAGAGGGCAUUAGAAAUCCCACCAGGAGAGACAGGUGGAAUCAACACAUGGAAGCUGCUUCUUGCUGGAGGUGUUGCAGGAAUUUGUUCUUGGGUUUCUGUAUACCCAUUAGAUGUAAUCAAGACGAGACUUCAGACACAACCACACCUUGUAACUACAGACCCAUACAGCAAUAUCCGGACACUUCCUAUCACAGCGGCUGCCCGCAUCCCCACUCCAACCACUAGCCUCCUCUCAAAGACCCAUACAGAUCAGCGUGGAGGAUUGUUGCACCAGACAAGCCGUCAAGGACAUUCACAAGUAUCAUCCUCAGUACCAUACAAGGGCAUGGUCGACUGCGCAUUACGAUCUUACAGAAGUGAGGGCUUGGGUGUAUUCGUGCGUGGGAUGACACCGGCAGUCCUACGUGCUUUCCCAGUCAAUGCAGUGACCUUUUUCGUCUACGAGCUGGUGAUGGCAGAGCUGCAAAGAAAUGACUAG